AUGGCCAACUCCGAAAUCGGCCCCAAGUUGCCUCCGCCACUGCUGUCGCCGAGUCGCACCAUACCCAAAUCUCCUCCUUGGUACAAAAAACCCCUACGCUCGGACCCGGAUGAACCGGAUGAUAACUUUGACUUUAUGCCUGGCGCUUCAACUCCUCUUAAAGUCAACCAUGCUAAACUGAUUAUGUUUUUAUCUCCAAUGCGCAAACUAGAUGAGCUUCACCUUGAUGCUGCGUCCUCUUCUCUAAUAGACUCGGAGCACAUAGAAAACCGAAAUCCCGACGACAGCUUCAUAGAAAAUGAAAUUGAGGCAGAUGACAAUGAGGAUGACGAAUGUUAUGGUCCUGGUGACAAAACUAUCAUUACGGAAUAUGGGUCCUCUGAUGAAGAAUCGUCCUUAAUUAAAGGCGAACCUCCACGCUUCGUACGCAAAAGGCUGCGCUCAGAAACUCCGCUGGCUAUGGAAAUUACGCCUAAUGCAAACUUUACUAUUCCGCAUGCAUCUUCUGGUAAGAAUCUGUCGGCAUUUUUAGCAAAUGUAACGAGUGAUUCGUUUCACAAGGCAAGUUUUUCCGCCUCGGACUCCACUCCGUGCCCGACGCAACCUCGGAAAAAGUUGAAGUUUAAAAAUAUGGAUGAGGACACGCCGUCCCAGCCCUCCAAAUCCCUGAAACAUGUGCUUGAUUUCUCCGGUUCGCGGAAAGUUACUUCUUCUGCGGCAGCACUAAUGAGCAAACUCAGCGAUGCCCACGAUGACAUUUUAGAAGAUGAAGAUGGUACUACUCUGAGCUACAACUCUGGUCGCACGAGCACAAACCAGAAUUCUACCCCUAUUAGUCAAUCUACACCUGCAAAUUCACGAGCUCCUUCCCCUGGGUUGUCUUUUGAGGAGUCACAGCAAGAGGUCAAUGGAUUCAAGUUUGUGCGGCCCACUCAUGCAUUCAAAUAUCAAACCCCCCUCUCAAGACCCACCUCAGCAUUCCCUCUUCAUACAGCGCAGAGGCUCCGAAUGGCGUAUCACUCCACCCCACCAAAUGGCAAGUAUGAGAUUGUUGGUGAAUUCCCCGUUUCUGCGGCAGGGCUCAUGGACGAGGCAGACGAGAGCUUACACAUUGCUGAUCGCAGAAUAAAUGAUCCAUACGCGGCACCAGAACCGCUUGGAAAUGAUGAUAGGAGUAACAUGAUGCAUUUGCGCGAGGUUUACCUCGACUCCUCAAAUAAACUUCCAUUACUACAGCAUUUUGAGCGUGACCUUAACGUAUCUGAAAUGCUCCUUUACAUUACUGAUGGUGUUUCUGUGUCCGAAUUUUAUGAAGCUAUUGUAUAUGACCAAGAUGUGGGCGAAGGCGUCCUAUCGUUUCUAAAGAAGGAAAGGCUUCGGUGGCAUCCGGAUAAGUGGGUUGGAAAAUUGGAGACAUCUAUAUUUACCAAGGAGGUGAUUGACAGUCUCAGUCAGGUGAUUAACGGGUUAAUUGAUGAUCUCUAG